ACAAUUGCUGCUAUGCCAUUCUAAAGAAACCUACCCCAACUCAAUUUCUUUGGCUCCCACAUUUGAAAAGUGGCAUUCCAGCAAAUAUAAAGCAAAAGAAAGAGCAUUUCAGGCCACCCAAACGAGAAAAAAUAUUUAGAAGAAAGGAGAACCAAAGAUCUUCCAUAGAAUAUCGAUUGCUUACCUGUGCAAGUCUUCGGUAUAAAUCUUCUUUCAACUUCAAAAACUGAGUCAGUCUCAGCUUUCAAACAAGCCAUAGUUCUUAUACAAAACUAAACAAUCUGAUGCCUCCUUUGAACCUGGCAAAGAGGCUGAAACCAGCCAGAAAGGCCUGGAACAGCUUCACAAAAAAACUCAAGUCAAAACUACACAAUUUCCACGUCCGAAAUUCGAUCAAAGCAGCAACUUAUCGUCUCCUUGAAUUCUGCUCAAUCCGUCUCAUUGCACCCUUCAAGAAACGCUUCCUUUCUAAGUAUUCCUCCAACGGCCCUGGCCGGUAUAACUACAACCACCUCUACCAUUACAAACACUACCAAAGCCUGCUCAAGAACCGUGAAGUUAUAUAUAUUGACCAGCUCUAUUCAGAACCUAUGUCAAUGCAAGCAAAACAUGUCGAACCAAAGGCUGAGACAAGCAGACGAAAUGAAGUGGCUGAUGACAAGGCUUUGCGAAGGAAAGGCAAAGAAGUAGAAGUAGAAGAAGAAGAAAAAGAGAGCAGUAUUUAUAGUAUUGAAGAUGCAUGGAAGGCUAUUGUUGCGAAAUCACCCCAUCUAAGGGGAGUAGAUGAAAGAGCAGAUGAGUUUAUAAACAAGUUUCAUGAAGACAGGAAGCUUGAGAAAGAAAGAAGUGAUCUUGAUUUCCAGGAGAUGUUGGCCCGAAGUGCAUGAUCAAUCCAUUUUCAUUAUCUUUAGCUGUCAUGUUUUGUUGUUUUUAAAAUGCAAAACAUGAAAGCUAUAUAUAUUGGAGCUUUGCAGGUUUUGGUUAUCCUUUUUUUCCUUCCCUUUAUUUUACGAGUGAACUGUGAACAGAGUUUCUGUUUUAUAGAAAAGGGUUUUGAUCUUUGUAUGGUUAGGAUUAAAAUUGUGUGAAGUUUGUGCGCAGAUUGUGUUCCGUUUCUUUCUACAUAUACAGGGGAUGUCUUGUACAGAUUGUGUUCUUUUUCUUUCUACAUAUACAGUUUGAUAUUUCCCCUUAAUUUUCUCUUUGGGGAUUAUACAAUGAAAUAUUUUGAUUGUGCAUUUGCUUAUAAAUAAAUGGAACUUCAUCUAUUUUUUUCUUCA